ACUGAGCGGUGAAGGCGCGCAGGCGCACGGAGGCCCGCCCCGAGCGAAGGAGAAGGCGGCCCCCAAGAUGGCGGCGCUGUCAGUCCUCGUCUCCUCACGGCUGGUGCUGGGCGCCGUGGAGGUCAGGCUGACGGCCCGGGGGCCCGCAGGUUCGGGCCUGUGGAGAAGAGGUUAUUCGCACUCGAGACAGGAGGCCGCCGAAGAUGACCUGCCAUUACAGAUGGAAAAUCCCUACAAAGAACCUCUUAAGAAAUGCACCCUGUGUGGGAUUCACGUCGACUACAAGAAUGUUCAGCUUCUAUCUCAGUUUAUUUCCCCAUUCACUGGAUGUGUUUACGGCAGGCAUAUAACAGGUCUCUGCGGGAGGAAACAGAAAGAGCUGUCGAAGGCUAUUAAGCGGGCUCAGAUAAUGGGAUUCAUGUCCGUUACUUACAAGGACCCCACCUUUCUGAAAGACCCCAAAAUCUGUAACAUCAAGUAUCGGGAAUAAACGUUCCCCAGUCUCCUCUUAAUAAACGUGUGGCCCGGUGAAUUUUGA